AUGGAUAUAAAAGAGAUGGAACACGACCUGCUCGUUAUAGUCGAUUCGACAUACUCGAUGCAGAAUUUUUCCCGUGCUCUCCAAAUUUCGCUACCUCAGAUCCUGAGAAUAUCCUCGCUCACCGGAUGCUUUUCACGCAUUGGUCUCUUGGCCUAUCGGGACUAUCAAGACUUUGAGCUCCUUGAAUGGUCUGGCUGGCUGUCUCAGCAGGGCGCAUCGGCGAACACAUCUGAAGAUGGCCCGAAUCUGAUAGGAAUGGCCGCCGAUCUUAAGGCUUCAGGGGGCGGUGACGUUCCCGAGGCCAUUAAGACAGCACUGGCAAAGGCAUACGAGCUCAUGAGACCGGAGGCAAAAACGCUGAUACUUGUCUAUACCGAUGCACCGCCUCAUGCCAACUUUGAGUACUCGUGGGAGAGGAGCUCGAACAACGAGAAGGAACUUGCAGCACUAAGUCAGGCCGAUUCCGAGAUGUAUGGAGGCUAUGGGCCGCUGUUCGUUGACUGGGUUUCUGCAGCGAAGACGCUGGCUUAUGGUGAGAAGCGCGCUCAAGUGUUCGCUGUGCUGUCUACCGGAAGUGAACCGAGUGUAUUGGCUUAUUACGACUACCUGGCGACUAUGACCGACGGCGUCUGCAUUCAUCUGGAUUACACGUGCCCACAUACUAUAUCUUCUGUGACGAUUCACUCGCUUCUGUCAUGGAUGGGUAUCGAAGCUGUCAACACCUCUACCGAGUCGAAAGAGGAAAGCCUGUACGCCAAGUUUUCCCGGUACAUCUCCCUUGCAGGCAUAGACGAUGUGGAGAAUGAGAUUUCAAGCCAUGCCCCGCGAUUCUUUCAUUCCAAAGAUGAUCCGUCGCAGGAUACAGUGGGCAAUCUUAGUUCUCAGGUUAUGACACUAUCAUCAAUGAAGAAUUUGAUGCCAAAGAAGCCUCAGCCCCUCCAGAGUUUCUCUAUACGAUGGUUUGAAGACCCCAGUUACAGAGACCUUGCCUCGAAACAUUUACUGGAAAUUUUUGAGACCGAUGUCUGUGCCAUGGCCGUGAACCCAGUCUUUGGAUCGCUGUGGAGGACGGUGUGCUCUGAUAAGAAUUACGCUGGACGAGACAGUCUAGCCAACGCCUUCAGUCGAAGUAUCGAAGCCCUGGGAGAUGAGGAUGAACAGGCCAAAAUGAAGAAGUGGCUGGACGAAUCGUACGAUUAUACAACAGAGAUCGUCUCCACUAUACAAGAUGUCGCUGCUGAGGAACAGUUCCCAUGUGUCUUCUUGGAUCCGACUCUCAAUUUCACCCAAUCCUCUACGGAUGGCCCCGUGGCGAUGGACUCCAACUGCCUCGACGAGUCAAUAGACAAUAUUACCCGAGGAGACUUAUUGGAGAUUGGUCGCUCCUGCAAUGGCAACAUCUUGCGACGCAUCAGUCGCAUCCUGACGCGACUGACGUUCGUCAACUCGCCAGAAGAUAUGCCCCAACACAUUUCUAACAUUGAUAUGGAGCGAGUGCCACGGAUUCCAACGGCACUAGCCCUGGACCACCACAAGCGUCAGUUCUGGCGCAUCCUCUUCCACUUAAUAAUUCCAGGCACUCGACUGUCCGCUCGAGCUGGCGCUUUGGUCGCGGCUCUCAGCCUCAAAGUCGGCCUGAGACCCUUGAUGGAAGUGGCAGCAGAACAAUUGAUCUGCUUCAGAGAUAAAUGGAACGAUCCUUCAAUUCCAGAGAAUUGGACAAUGGGCUGUCUCAGUCUGUUGAUGGAUGCCGACGACAACUAUCGGUUCCAUCAACAGCGCGUCUCUAGCACCAACGAUGUCUCCAGGCUCACAACCCUCCUAGAACCAUCUGAUCGACUUCGUUUCGCCAAACUUGUUCAGUUCAAAAUAUUGCAGUAUAAUCUGAACGCCCCCUUGUCCGCUCGUCUCCCCUGGACCCCUGAGAAGUCACCGGGCCCUAUCGGACCCCUUGUCAGAUGCAAUGAGUGUCAUUACCCACGGUCGGUGACCAUCAUGGGUGAGGGGAACAAGUGUGGUGUAUGCCUUGUAUCCGAAUACAGCAGUUCACAGGAAAGAGACAUCGCUAUCCAUGCACGGGUAUCCCAGGAUCUCACGACGACAUCCGAGGCAACUUGGGUUGAAUGUAUGAAUAAAUCCUGCCGGGGCCAGUACGUUGUAUACAAUGUGGCGGAUCUGAAUGUACGACCGAAGUGUCACUAUUGUCGUAAUGGCACCCAGGCGCCGCUCAUAGAAUGCGAAAAGUGCCACAAUCGAAUGAUCUGGCCCCGCGAAUACCGAGAAGGGUCGCAACUGCAUGGCACGUUUACAUGUCCCCCAUGCACCGCCGGGAUGAAUGUGGCCGCAGACGUUGAACUCACAGCAAACCUUCUGUCAACCGAGAAUCCGUUCAAAACAUGGCUCUUCCACGAUUCAGACAGCAAUGCCAAAGGAUACUUUUAUGAUAAAUCUCUUUUCGCCAUAGUUUCCGCCAUUGGCCUUGAAGAAUUUUAUGCUCGCAUCGAGCUUUUCCCAGCUCGGAAAUUCCCCCUUGUUCAUAACGGAAAGCCGGUUCUCAACACGGAGGAAAUUAUCGCAUUGCUCAAGGCCAAAGUCGAUAAACGGAAAAUUGCAAAGACAGAGUGUUCGCUCUGCUUCGCAAGCUUUCGCCCAAACGCACUGAAUUCUGCCUGCGGCCGACGGGGAUGCCUUCAGCGAAUCUGCACCGACUGCCUGGCCGGAUGGUAUGGCCUCAACGCUCCAGGAACCAUCAUCAAUACUGCAGCUCUUGUCUGCCCCUUCUGUCGUCGCUUCCCUACUCCACAGACUCUAGCCAAGUACGGUAAGGGCAUCCACGCAGUACGAGAUCUCGAAAAUGCGAUUCGUGAUAAGGGGACUAUGAUCUACGCCUGGUGUUCUCGCUGCUGUUCAGCCAAGGAAUACAUGGAACGAAUCUGUGCCGGGGGAGCUCCGCCAAUCCUUCAAAACUGGGCCUGUCAGGACUGCACCACAAGGCGUGGGGAAAAUCUCCAAAAAAUGCAAAAUCCUAAGCCAUGCCCGGGCUGCGGCACGAUGUCUGAGAAGAUUUCAGGAUGUGGUCACAUCCACUGCCCUAUUCCUGACUGUGGAGUGCACUGGUGUUACUUCUGUGGCAAGAAGUCGGAUGAAAAGACAAUAUAUAGGCACAUGAGUGAGCAACACGGUGGCUUCUUUGAUAAUGGGAUGAUGGCCGAGGACGACUACAGUGAUGAUGACGAAAUUAUGUACGACUUGUAUGAUUGA